AUGAGUGAAGUCACAAAGCGGCGGCCCGAUCGGCUUGGAGGCGCGCGGCGACCUCCCCGCGGACGCGACGCCGGGGCUACUGGGCUGCUGUGGCCGGGCUCCUUUCGCUUUUGGUUCGGACUCUCCGGGGUGGGAGGGUCGGCGCGGACAGGCUGCGCGGGGGGCGCCGGCGGGGAUGCCUGCCCUGGCCGUCCCAGCGCGCCCGGCCGCCCCGCUCUUGCACAACUCCGGAGCAACAGAUGGAGUCCUCCGGCCACUCCUUCCCUCGGGGUUUCCGGGGUACCAGGCCUUGAACCCCGAGAACUUCCCCUCCGAGGUCCCGCCGCCCGCGCGUCGCGGGGGAGAGGGUGGCCACCGUGUGGUGACAUCCACCGCAUCCUGCCGCGCUGUUUCUGCUCCUGCUGCAGGGGUGGGGACAGAGUGUCAGGUGGCGCUGGCGGCGCCGCCGCCGCCGCCGCCACCGCCUCUUGGGCCAGACCCAGGCGGCGCUGGCCGCCUCGUGGGCCGCGGGUCCGCCUCCGCCGCGCGGAGGGCGUGGGUUCCCGGCUCCCGGAAGCGGCGGCCGCGGCGCGGAGCCGAGCGGCGUCGGUCCCCGGGGCUGCAAUGCGCGGCGGCCGGAGGCUGUGA